ACAGAAAUGGAUAAUGUUGUUACUGGUACUGAUGUACAACAACAGCCGUCCAGAGAAAUGAUCGAUUAGAAAGCUUCGGUAUGAUUUUUUUUAAAUAAAUUUAGUUUUUUUUUUAUAAAUUAAUUUUUGAAUAAUAAAACUUGCUGAAUUUAUAAAAAAUCACGAUUUGAUAUUUUCAAUUUUAUUAUUUUAGCCAAUGAACUCCAUGGAUAGUGCCUAUACCCUUGAAAUAAUCGAUAUUGAAUUGAAACAGCUGUCGAACGAAAUAAUUUGCGUGACUUCGGUAAUAGUAUGUUAAAGUAAUUUUCACUAUUUAAUUUUUUUUUAAUAAGAUUCUAUUUAAAGCUUUUUUCAUACGUAGGUAUUCAAAAUUAUAACCGGUAUCUAAAUUUACAUUUUAGUAUUGCUAUGAUUUUUUGAUAUUUAGUUUUUUUAUUGCAUUUUGUGAUAAAAAUGUGGGUAACAUUUUAGCAAAACAACAGCGGAGUAGAUAAUAAUUUCGAUGUUGAUUCGCAACAGCCAUCAUCCAGCAGAAUAAUGUGCCUGACAACGCCGGAUCCCAAUUUUACUGUUUCCACUGAUGAUCUUGAGGAUGGAGAAAACGAACUUCUUAACUUUGAAGAUUCAGGAAGCGAAUAUGAUCCGGAAGAAGUUGAUGAAUCUGAAUCUAAAAAAUCUGACUCUGUAGACUCUGAAGAGCAAGAAUUUGAAGAACCAGAAGAAGAAGAACGAAACGAACAAAAGGGCCGGCCAAAAAAGGAAGACCUAUAAAAUAUCAAGGACAGACUUUUAAGAGUAGAAAAAAAUUAAAAGACGCCAACAGGAAACAUUACACAGUAAAAGGGAAACUGGUAGAGCCAAAAAAAUUUAUAGAUUUUCAGUGCAAGUGUACAUUAAAAUGUACCGAAAAUGUUUCUUCUUCCAUUAGAGAAAAAUGGUUUCAGCAAUUCUGGGACCUUGAAUCUUAUAAUGCUCAAACAGCUUUUAUUACUCCUACAAUAAAAGUUCAUGGCAUAAAAAGGAAACGAAAUAAAGAUAGCAAUAGAAGACAAAAUACCAGGAUUUAUGAAAUAAAUAAUGUAAGGGUUUGCAGAGAUAUGUAUACUCAAACAUUAAGAAUUUCUCCAAAAAGAGGAAACACAGCAUUAAACAAAAUCCAAACAGGAAAUGUCAAAGAUAAAAGAGGUUUUAAAAUCGGUGGUUUCAACAAGAUAUCUGAAGAAAUAGAAAAUAAAGUUAAAAUUCAAAUAGCUAAAUUUCCAACACACAUUUCACAUUAUUGCAGAAAUAAUGAUGUAGCGGCAAAGUUUUUGGCAACAGAUCUAACACUAAUCAAAAUGUUUAAUUUAUUUAUUGAGGAAGAAACUAAAGAUAAGAUAGGAUUUUCAACAUAUAAGUCAAUUUUCUACAAAAACUUUAAUCUACGACGCAAACCUGUAAAAGACACUUGCAAUACAUGCGAUUCUUUUAACAUUAAAAUAAAAUAUAAUGAUGAUUUAAAGGAACAAUAUAAAUUGGAACAUGAAAAUCACCUAGUUACCGCAAACGAAGCACGUGAAGCGAUGAAGUGUGAUCUGAAGCGAGCAAAAAAUAAUGCAAAACUUAAAGCUGUAACAUACGAUAUGGAAAAAGUUUUGGGCUUACCCAAGUUGCCAACUAAUUUGGUAUAUUAUAAACGGCAACUUUCAAUUUACCACGAAGGAGUACAUGCAGGAUCAACCGAUACGCCAUAUUGCUUUAUUUGGACAGAGGCAAUUGCGGGUCGUGGAGCUCAAGAAGUGGGUUCUUGCUUAAAAAAAAUUAUUGAUAAUUAUUUAGUUCAAGGAAAAGAGGAAUUGAUUUUAUGGUCCGACUCGUGCGGUGGACAAAAUCGAAACAUAAAAAUUGUUUGGCUAUUAAAAGCUAUACUAGAAACUCACCCUUGUUUAAAAACCAUUUACUUUAAAUAUCUUAUUCCCGGUCACAGCUUCCUUCCCAACGAUACAGAUUUUGGGAAAAUUGAAAGGUCUCUUAAAUAUCAAAUACGUCUGUAUACGCUUAAUGAGUUUAAACAGGUAUUGGAGAAUUGCUCGAAAAAAAAUAAGUUUGUUACAUGUGAAAUGACAAAGGAUGACUUUCUUGGCACUUUGCAAAUUGAAAAAUCUAUAACUAACAGAAAAACAACAUUAAUAUUGAGAAAAUUAGCUGGCUUAGAGCUAGAGUCAUAAUGAUUGAUAAUGACCAUCCUCAGUCUAUUUUUAUGAAAUAUUCUCACAAAGAGAGUGAACAAUUUAAAGAAAUUAAUAUAAAAAAAAACUAUUAAGGGUAGACCUUCCAAUAUUACAUCCACUUUUUUUUCUUCCAACCUGUUUCAACUGUAUCCAAAUGGAAAGGAGAUAUCAAAAAAAAAAUUAGCUGAUCUUAAAACUUUAAUGUCAUUUGUGCCAAAUGAUGCAAAAUAUUUUUAUGGAACAUUAAGAGGAGCAGAUUUUGAAGAUGAUGUCGAGGGAUUUGGUGAGAGUAUUGAUUUUGAAGUAGAGAAUCAGAUAGAGAAUGAGUAAAUAAGUGAAGUUUCUAAUUUUUUUUAUUUUCUUUAGUUUAAAAUUUGUUAUUUGAGGCAAACGGGUUUAAUUUAUUUGUUUUUACCUAUUGCAUAAACUUGAGUUGUUAAUAAAAAAAGAUCCAAGAAGACAUAAGAGUUUUAUUUAAAAAGAACCAAGCGCCAUUUCUUACUAUCAAAAUGAGA